AUGUACGCAGCGAAAUAUUGGGCAGACCAUGAACGAGCUGCUGAAGAUGGAGCAUUGCUGCUUGAGAGAGGUGCCGAUGUUAACGCAAAUUAUGGAAUAUACGGCAAUCCACUCCAGGCGGCUUUGGUGCGAAAUCAGAAGGAAGUAGCGAAAAUGCUGCUCAGUGCGGGCGCCGAUGUCAAUGCGAAAGGGGAGAUUUACGAUAACCCACUCGAAGUGGCUUCAUCUAGCGGCGACGAGGAGGUGGUGAAGCUACUCCUCGACAGAGGCGCCAACGUCAAUGCACAAGGAGGGAUGUUUGGUAACGCACUCCAAGCAGCUUCAUAUGGAGGUUAUGAGCAGAUAGUAAGGCUACUACUCGACGCAGGCGCUAAUGUCAACGCUCGCGGUGGGCGAUGCGGUAGCUCACUCCAGGCGGCUUUAUCCAGAGGCCACGAUGUGGUGGUGAAGAUGCUCAAAGAAAAGGCAACGCGCCUACGAGCUGCAACUCCUACUCACACGUUCGCACUGCACGAGGCAUGCCCGCCAAGUUCCUUCGCACUCAGUUGCAGCAGAUAA